AUGCUAGUGUUGGAAAUUAUUGGUUCCGAAAUAACAUAUGAACGUUAUUUACAGACAGCAAAUGUAAUACUAAAAGGUAGAGCAGAUUUAUCUGUUGGUCUUGAAGAAAGUGCCAAACAACAAAAAUUAUUUCAUCCUAAUGCUGAAGAAUAUAAGAUUUCUAUAUCUAACAGCAGGAGUUACUUUCCAGUCUAUCAAUCCAACUUUGAAGAUAUUUGUCACUCAAAUGGUGUUUAUGUUGACAAGACACAAUGGAUCUCAAAAAUUGUUAUAAGAAAGGCAAAAUAUUUUGUCUCACGCCCACGCAAAUUUGGGAAGUCUCUUUUCCUAUCAACUCUUGCAGCAUUUUUUCUCAAUAAAUAUCACUUAUUUGAUGAUCUAUACAUUCAAAAAUGUAAUCUUUCACUUUUAAUCCAAGGUCAGAAUGUUUUGUGGUCAUCAACUAUGGCUGCAUUUCCAGUCAUCCUGCUUGACUUUUCAAGAGAUAUUGAGUAUCACAAAGGCAAGGAUCUAUUGGAAGAAUCAUUGACAGACAAAUUGAAGGAAAUUGGUGAAACAUAUGGAGUAACUGUAGUGGGCAAUUCUGUAAAAAAAGCAAUAAGAAGUUUAGUGCAAGCAUUGGCAGGACUUGAGAAUAAUGAAUGGAAACAAGUGGUUAUAUUGAUAGAUGAAUAUGAUGCACCAAUAUUAAAGGUAUUGGAAAAUAAUGAAAAAGGAUUUGAUGCAGCAAAAGAAAAUCAAAGCAUUCUUCGCCUCUUCUUUGAAUCAUUGAAAGCACUGGAGGAAUAUAUUCAGUUUGAGUUUGUUACUGGUAUAUCAACUUUUGGUUACAUGUCAUUAUUUUCUGGAGCAAAUGAUCUUGAAGAUGUUACAAUUGAUGAGUUGUUAAAUGGUGCCUUUGGUUUUACUUGGGAAGAAAUAGAACAUACAGCUUCACUUUUUAAUCAACUGUCGGGUGACCCAAAUGAGAUAAAGGACUGGUAUAAUGGAUAUUUGUGGGAUGGAAACACAUUUGUCUAUAAUCCAUACAGUAUAUGCAUGCUAGCAAAACACAAGGUUUUUAAGAAUUAUUGGGUACAGAGAGGUUCAACAAGUUGGUUGCUGAAAUUUAUUAACAAAAAUUCUAAUUUUAAAAAGUUCCUUGAUCAACAGCAAGUUUCAUUAGAUUUAUUUGGAAAAACUGAUAUAGCACAACUAAAAAAUUCAGGUACUUUUAAUUCUUCAAUUUUAUUCCAAGUUGGAUAUCUCACUAUUGUUCAAUACAACAAAACGGAAGCUUUGAUUACACUUGAACCUCCCAAUAAAGAAGUUCGACAAUCAUUUGCUAGUGAUCUGUGGUCUUCCUUUUCUGCAACUAAUGAUGUAGAUGCAUUUGACAGACUUAAAAAACUUUCUAAUGAUUUGCAAAAUUCAUCAAUCAUGAAAUUCUGGGAAGACUUUAAUGUCAUAUUAUCAUCAAUCCCACAUUUUGCUUCUGCUAUAGCUGGUAAAUAUGAAGGUUACUAUCAAUCUCUUGUUCAUCUGACUGUGCAUUUUAUUGGAGUUCCAUUUCGAAGUGAAGAUUCAGGUAGCAUAGGAAGGACAGACAUGUGGAUUGAGACAAUAACUCAUGUUUUCUUUAUUGAAUUCAAAAAAUCUGAUACAAAGGAAUAUACAAUGAUAAAAAAAGUUGCAGAUAAAGGUUUAGACCAAAUAUAUGAUAGGAAAUAUUACAAAUGUUUCCCUAAUGAUAACAAUAAGAUAACUGUAGCAGUUAGUUGUGUUUUUUCAACUGUAACCAAACAAAUUGCUUGUGUAUUAGAACAGGAAUUUAAAUGCAUUAGUGGUUAUGUUAAUAAAAUGGAAUGUAAGGAAUUAAAGUUAUAA